AUGUACACGGCAGAAGGCGAGUUUAUCCCCCAUGUGUCUGCAUACGCGGACGAGGCGCCAAUCACGGAGGAGGGGUGCAGGGUUGCGGUGAAUUCGUAUGUGGAUGAGCAGUUGGCGCAAGCUCCCCCACCGCUGAAUUUGUCUGCGACCAAGCAGCCGCUCAUUCAGCCGCUGCUCUUCUUCCUGCACAUUCCGCGCACAGGAGGAAGGACGUACCACAUGUGCUUCCUGAAGCCAUUGUACCCGCUCAGCUUGCGCUGCCCUCGCUCUUACGACACCCUGCGACUCGACCCUGCCAAGCCCGAGUGCCGUCUCCUCUCGACGCACAACGACUACUCGCUGAUGUCGCGCCUGCCGGUGCACAACACGAGCAUCAUCACCAACAUCCGCGACCCCGUGGACCGCCUCCUCAGCUCCUACGAGUUCACCAUCGAGACCGCCUCGCGCUCCCUGCGCUGGGUGCCGGGCCUCAACCCUGGCCAGAACCUGCUCAAGGUCCGCAGGAGGCAGCGGCAGAGCGUGUCCAGGACGCGCAAGGCGGAGACGCGGCGGGUGUGGCCGUGGAGCAUGCUCAUUCCGCUUAUGGAGGAUGAUCUCUGGCUGCGGCGGGCGACAGUGGAGAUCCCCGCGGACCCCCCUGGCAGCGAGGGGUGGAACUCGUAUGAGAAGAGCCACCUGGUGAUGCCUCUGGACGAGUUCGUGCAGCACCCUGCUGUCUCGGACCUGCUGCACAAUGGCGCCACGUUCCAGGUGGCGGGCAUAACGCAGAACUCGCUGCUGCCAAACGCUCGCAUGCUGCGGCGGUGCGCACACGCGUACAGGGAGUCGGGCGAGCGCAUUCUGGACCUUGCCAAGGCGCGCCUAGCAGCGAUGCUGCACGUGGGGCUGUCAGAGGUGCAUGAGCAGUCGGCUGUGCUCUUUGCCGCCACCAUCGGUCGCUCCAUGCACUCUGCUGCUCACACCGCUCAGAAGCAGUCCCGGUUCGCGCUCUCCCUGUGGCAGAACUACAAGCGCUGUGUGAAGAUGCAGCAGGACAAGUACAAGGUCCGGCGGUCCAUGGCCAUUGCCCUGCUCGGACCAGUCAACUUCUCCCAUGAGGAGCGCAUGAGCAUCAAGAGCAGCACGUUGGCGCGCAUUCGAGAGCUAAACUACCUGGAUGUGGAGCUCUUGGACUAUGCUCGCCAGCUGUACCAGCUGCACCAGGCUGCAUUCGCAGAGCAGAUCAAGGCUGUGGUGGGGCAGGCGAACAGGCGUAGGCUGAUGGGAUCAAGAGGAGCAGCACCCAUGGGAACAGACGGAGGGAAUCUGAUGGGAUCUGGUGGGGAAUCUGUAGGCAUGUCAGAGCGGUGUCAGGGCUUUGACCCUGCUAGGCUGAGACAGAAGGCCCGCAGCGGGCGUGUGUUUCGAGAGGAAGCUUUUGAAGAUAAGUUUGCUGCUUUGGGGGACGCUAUUGCUGGUGGUGAAGACAUGUAUGAGGAGAGCCUUUCGCCGGGUACUCUUGUGGCCCACAAUGAUGGUGAUGAGCUGUCACUGUCUGUGAAUGCUGACUUGAGGCAAGACGAGGGGUUUGUCUUGCCAAACCUUGUGAAGAGCUCGAGCCAUUGCCGCCAAUGGGCAGCUGCCCACGGAGGUGACAAAGGCGCAGUUAAAUGUGUUUCGAGUUGA